AUGGGAAGUGAAGCCAAAUACUAUCUACAGGAACAUUCCAUUCCACAGUUAUUCGAGGGUCUCAUGAGUGGCUUGAUAUACAACCGACCCGACGAACCGCUAAGGUUUUUGGAGACGGCAAUAGCUCAAAUACGUGCAAAUCCUGAAGAAGAAUACAGAUGGGAUAUGUUCAUCGACAAACGAAAAGUUACAGUCCAGCUCGGAAACACCUACGCGAAAACACCGAACCGAGAAGUUGCCGCUCCACCAAAGCGCAUUGAAGAACAGGAA